AUGGACCCUACCACAUCCUACGGCGCCGUCAAUGGCAACGGCAACCAGGAGCAUACAUCCAGCAUCUCUCCCCCAGCCGGCGGCAAACGCCAGCGUGCGAAACGAGCAUGUGAGCCAUGUCGCCUUCGCAAACGCCGCUGCGACUCAAACCAGCCCUGCAAUAUGUGCGUGUCUUUUGAUUAUAGAUGCUACUAUGAGAAGCACCCUCGGAAACGAAGUAAGAUUGUCGAGGCCAGCGCGGAGCAGGAUCUGGACCGCCAACCGGACGCCUUUGAACAGCCACGACAUGAGAUGGCUCCUGAAGACAGGCCGAAUUCUGAAGAUGUAUCUACCUUGAAAUCCAUGGAGGCGAACUCUGGUAUUGCUUUCACCGGCCUGUUGGGACAACGCCUGGAUCCUGCGCAGGGGAAGCGGCUGUUCACUUUUGGGUGGAACGUUGGAGGUGGACGAGAUGAAGACGCAGAGAAGGAUGAUGUGAAAGGGAUGAUGGACGUAACCCACUAUCUGAAUCGAGAGGAAAUGAUUCGACUGGCCGACCUGUACUUCGAGAAUGUCCACCCACUGUACGGCUUCGUGGACAGAUCUUUCGUCACCGAACAGAUCAACCUCCGCUGGUCGCCCCAACUCUCCACCACCAAAAUACCUGACCACUUCUUCGCCAACAUGGCAGCGGGCGGCAGCCUCUUCGCCCCGGCCACGCUAUCCAACCCCACCACCAUCCCCACGCUCUUCGAAGCCGCCAAACACAGUCUCGACCGCACCUCCCUCGUCCACCUCCCCACCCUCCUCGACGCCCAGUCCUGGCUCCUCCGCAGCAUCUACCUCCGCGCCACCUUCCACCCCCACGUCGUCCACAUGGCCUCCUGCACGACCCUGCACCUCGUCGAAGCCCUGGGCCUGCACCAAGAAUCCCGCUCUACCCCCAACAUCCCCUCCUCCACCACCUCGGCAUCCCGCCACGACACCCCAGAACUCCGGCGUCGCACCUUCUGGAUCGCUCGGAUGCUAAACACAUGGGUCUCCUUCGAAUACGGCCGCACGCGCGUCCACCUGCGCGGCAUCAACGCCCACCUCCCCACCCCGCAACCCGGCGACUUCACCACCGACUACAUCCACCUCUACUCCCUCUCCUGCACGCUGGACCCGGAACACACGCCCGCCGCCUCCGGCGAGGGAAGCUGGGACGACUUCCUCCGCCACCUCGACGCCUACAACCCCCCGCACGACGCCAUCGCGCUCUCCGUCUCCAACCUCGCCAUGUGCGGGUACCGCCGUCUACGCUUGUCAAACCCCAACCUCUCUCCCGAAACCACCACGCGCGUCAUCAAACUCGGGCUCUCGGGCGUCGAAGCCGCGCGCCGCAUGAGCAAGAAGGGCAUGCCGUGGUGGCACGUCGGGAACGUGCCGUUCCAAGUCGUCUGUGUGUUUCUGGCGAUGGAUGUGCGGGAGUCGCUUGCGCGGGUCGGGGAGGCGUUGAAGGUGUUGGAGGAGGUGAGGGGGCGGUUUGGGACGAAAGCUUUAGGCGAAGCCGUUCGCACGGCGAGGGUGCUGGUGCGUUUGAGUAAGAAGCGGAAGGAUGAGGAUUCCGAUGUCCUCAGCCGUAGCUUGAUCAAAGAGCGAGGUGAUGCCAACGCUAAUGCGAAUGGUGGUGCGCAUCUUCCAGAGCCGAAAGCAGAGGACGCGGGUAUGAUGAACGAAGGAGGCGGCAUGGACGUCCCGUUCGAGGAGAACCCGACGACAGGCUCGAGUGGGGACGAUUGGAGCUGGGAUGUGCUGAACAACGCGGACUUGGACUGGAACUUCUUCUUGACGGCGGAUAUGCCGGCGUUUGAGGGGUUUGUCGCGCCGGAUGGGUUGAUGUAG